AUGAGUUAUGGCAGAAGGCUUGCACGCUGCCAGUCUCUGUGGUCGGCGUCCACAGUCCUGAGCGCGCACCGCAAAUUGGGCAUGCCCACAGCAACCUCCCUUCAUCGCCGGCAUAUUCUGGUCAACAACAUGGGGGCCAGCUUUGAUGCGGGCGACAAUUGGCAAGCGCCAGAGAGCCAAUCCGAGUCUCCUGUGCAAAUACAUAGACUAGAUUAUCGUGUCCUUCUGCUCGAUAUCGCGCACAACUGCAUCCAACUGCUCCUGGCGUUCGGCGAUGAUGGUGCCGAUGCUCUGGCCUUUGAGCUCGAUGCACUGGGAAAUCUGACUCGGGAGUAUGGGGUUUCAAGAUCUGGCACCUGGUGA